UUGCCUAAUACUACUAUGGUUUCUUUAUUAUGUUUUCAGGAGAAUGCACUGACAGGUACAUUGGCAAAUGUGUCAAUAAAUGAAGAAGAGGAGAAAACGGAAUCAGAAGAUACAGCAUUAGAAAGUGACCAUGGUUCAGAGGACAAGGAUGAAAACCUCGACGAAGAAUAUUUGAAAUGCCCAGAGUGGAUACAGAAAGAGAAACACAUAUUUAUUUUAAGUGAAUCUGGAAAGCCAAUUUAUACCAGACAUGGAAAAGAAGAUCGCUUGGUGACUUUAUUUGGUGUAAUGCAAGCGUUAGUGUCUUUUGUAGCAGACAGUGAUGAUGUCAUUCGCUGUAUUAUUGCUGGUGACCAUAAAUUUGUUUUUCUUGUGAAGAGUCCCCUUAUCUUGGUUGCUGUUUCUCACACAGUUGCAAGUGUACCUCAACUUAUAAUGCAGCUUACAUAUGUGCAUAAUCAGAUUGUGAGUGUGCUCACGGCAUCAGCCCUUACUAGAAUGUUUGAAAAGCGAAGAAACUAUGAUUUUCGUCACCUUUUGGGAGGCACAGAGCGAUUGCUAGAUCAUCUGCUGAAUCUCUUGGAUUCACAUCCUUCUUUUCUGUUAGGGGCAAUUCAAUGUCUACCUCUGAAUACUUCAGUCCGAGACACCAUAACUAGUACUAUAAUUCAGUAUUGCUCGAAAAUUAAGAACCUUGUAUUUGGAUUGAUUAUAUGCCAGAACCAGCUCAUAUCCUUGGUGCGUAUGAAAAAGUUCCUGCUUCAUCCAGCUGAUCUACAUCUUCUUUUUAAUCUUGUAAAUGCUACAGAAUCCCUCAAGACAAGCGAAAACUGGAUGCCUAUUUGCUUACCAAAGUUUGAUCCAAAUGGAUAUUUGUAUGGCCAUGUUUCAUAUCUUGCUGAUGAUUGUGAGGCGUGCUUAUUGUUGUUAACUGUUGACAAAGAGCAGUUCUUCACCCUGUCAGAAGCUAAGCAGAAGAUUGUUGAUAGAUUACGGAGACAUCAUUGCCUUGAGGGUAUAAAUACUGCGAUUCGUACAUCUUCAUAUACAGUUAGAACUAUAGGAGCCCCGGAGUUGAGACAUUUUUUGUACAAGUCUAAAACAACUGCACAAUUCACUUGUCCUGAAUUUACGCCUCCGUACCAUACUGAACAAGAGCAAAAGAGACUGUAUGGACUUUAUCAGCUUCUUCAUCACCGUGUGCAUUCUGCAGCCCGUCCUCUAAAAAUGGUAUAUAUGGUCAUGGACACAGAGACUCUUGUUGGAUGGGUAACAAAGGAGUUUGAAUUAUAUGCAGCCCUGGAACCUUUGGUGACCAAGAACAAUGCAAUUGUUUUUGUCAACAAACUUCUGCGUUGGAUAAAAAAUGAGGAAAAUAAGUUAUUUAUACUUAAUUCUCCUACAUUUUAAAUAUUACUUUUUAAGCAUUGAUCUCUUUAUAAUUCCAGCCCUUUUAAUUAUUUACUUACCUGUUUUAUAGGUAUCUAUGUGUAAUAAAAUGUAAUAUAGUUUUAUCA